AGUGUAAGAUCAAUGGAGCUGUCUUUGUAACUCAUUCAGCGCCCCUUUGGAAGCGAGAAAGGUUUGUUGCUCAGUGUUUACGACAGUAAAGAGCGCUUUUGCGGCAGCAAAUUUAAGACGAGAGUGAACGAGCGAACUACAGAGGUCUGGUUCUUUAAGCUGUGCCCAUAGGAUGGCAUUGAUUUUCAAGGAGAGCUAGUGCCACAACAAUUCACCAUGUGCUGAUAAUCAUCUUAUAAGACAAGAACAGCAGGAGAGACUCCAGGUGUAACAACUGCAAUCUGUUUAACAUACUAUGGUAAAGAUGGAGUGUGUUAAAGAAGAAAAUGAGGACAUCGGUGAUCCAGUGUUAUGCAUAAUAAAACAUGAAGAUACUGAGGAUCAAAAAGACCAGAAAGAAGUGAAAGAGCGAAGACAAGAGCUGACUGAAGGGGAGGAGGAACGCAGUGACUUCAGAACGCAAAGAUUGAGAAAUUCAGCUGACUGUUCAUUGAUGGAAAAUUGUAAAUGGCACCAAAAACACGUAAUGAAGUGAGAGAUCAUGUGUGUUGUGAGUGUGGGAAGAGCUUUAAUACAACUGGCCACCUGAAGCUGCACCAAAGAAUUCACACUGGAGAAAAACCUUACAAGUGCUCAUAUUGUAACAAGAGUUUCACUCAGUCUGGAACCCUGAAAGAACAUGAGCGAAUUCAUACUGGAGAGAAGCCGUAUCACUGUACUCAGUGUGGAAAGAGUUUUAAAUGUAAAACUGGUCUGGACCGUCACCUGCUCGUUCACUCUGGAGUAAAGCCAUUUACCUGUGAUCAGUGUGGUACACAUUUUAAAUCAUCAUCAAAUCUAGAAAAGCACAUGAAAAUUCAUAGAAAUGUGAGACCUUAUGCAUGCUCGUUUUGUGAAAAGUGUUUUGCUCGCCCGGAUCAUUGUAAACGGCACCAGAAAACACACACCAGUAAGAAAGAUCAUGUUUGUUGUGAGUGUGGGAAGAGCUUUACUAGAGCUGACAGUCUGCAACAGCACCAAAGGAUUCACACUGGAGAAAAACCUCACAAGUGCUCAUAUUGUGACAAGAGUUUCACUCUUUUAGGAUCCUUGAAGGCACAUGAGCAGCUUCACACUGGAGAGAAGCCGUACUACUGUACUCAGUGUGGGAAGAGUUUUAAACAUUUAAAAAGCCUUAAAAAUCACAUGAAAAAAUGGCACGCGUCAUCACAGUGAGCAACAUCUUCAUGUUAAAACAGUCGAGUAAGCUGUGUGAGAUAAAAGCACAACAGCACUAGUUUGAUUCUGUGAAUUUUGAUUUGUUUGCAGUCUGAUUAAGGAACUAUAGAGUUUGAAGUUUCACCAAGUUAAUAACUCUUACAGUGUAAAUAUUAAUUUGUAUCUUUCCUACUGUAGUUAGUUUGUAAAAUGUGUCUGUGUUGUGUGCUAAGCAGGUCUUUCUUUAAUAAGACACAUUCAUGUAAUUUACUUGUUUUCUAUAUUAUUCUCUGAUUAUGCAUGAGUUGGAAAAUAUUAAUCAGUUAACUAACUGACUAAAAGUAAAGUAAAAUUUACAGAUGGUUUAAAAAUUCCAUUAAAUUGCUGUAUAGUUAGAUUCUUUUCUUGUAUGCACAACUUUUCCAUUUCAGUAUAAAACAGAACUAUAUUGUACGACUCUAUAAUAAACAAAUGUAUUUGUUCAA